AUGGUCGCUAAAAGCAAAUCCAGCACUCCUGCCAUCGAGGGACACCCCAGUCUCAACUUGUCGGUGGGAAACCAGGACCAGAUUACCCAGUUGAGCAAGCUCCAACCCAUCCUUCUCUUGAACCAACAGGACGAAUCCGACGAACUCAAGGCAUUGCGAGUAGAUUACAAGUACCUCUACGUGGUCAAUUGGUUGUACAACUUCCGCGGAUACAUCAAGCUUCAAUCGGAGACUUUCGACGUUGAUUUGUUCGAGCUGGAACUCUUGCACUAUUUCCCUGCCACCCACGCAGAGGACGAAAAUGGCAACCCCACUCACCUGCUCCUCGACAAAAUCAAGCUUGGUUUGAUGUCCUCUGUACAAAACUCGAAAUUGACGUCUUUGAACAAUUUCGAGAAACUUUUCCGAUUGUGGUUCGGCUACGAGACACCUUUGAAAGGUAGAGACAGAGAGGAGGAAAUUGAAAACGGUGAGGACUACGGCGAUGAAGAGGACGAUCCCAAGUUUGACAGUCUUUCUAUUACUGAAAAGUUUGAGAUCUUAUUCAUAUUAAUAACUUACAUUUCGAGCUAUGCAGGUUUCAGAAACUGGGUGGACAAGAAUAACCUUACCUUGAACUUGAGAAUGGAUCCAAUAUUGACGGAAAGACUGUCGAGCGAAAAGAACUCGCAGGUCGACUAUAUUUUGUUGUUUGAGAACAAUCGUUUGUACAAGAGAAUCGUUAAAUUCAAUCCCCUAGUGAUUCCAAAAAAGAGAAAAGUGUCCCCUAUAGAUCCCAAUGAGUAUUACGAGCCAAGUCAAUUUGACAUUGAUCCCAACGUUGAUUUUGAGUUGAUUUUCAAAAACAUCUAUGAGUUUGACGAAGUUCUCCAGAAAUAUUCAAAGGGUAAAAAUAACGCCUCGAAGACAUUAACCUCCAAGUUAUCCAGAAAAGCGGUGGUGGAAUCUAUUCUUGAAAAUGAGAUCAGAAAGAGAAGGAUAAUAACGAACAAGAGAAAGGAGUUGCAGCUCGCCAGCUUAUUGGCUACUAGAAAACGGUCCUCGAGAUUAGAAGCUAAAGAGAAGCAGAGGCAAGAAGAGUUAAGAGUACAACGGGAGCAAGAAGAGUAUGAGCUCAAGGUGGCUGCUCAAAAACGAUUCGAAAGACGUAUGAAAUUGAAAGAACAACAGGGACAAGUUGCACCCGACUACACUAGUGGCUUGACCAGAGAUGAAAGGUUGAAGCUUAGAAGAUCUGAUGCUGAGCGUACUGAUAGUCACUCUGCUACUCCAAUGAAAACUCCAGAUAAUACUCCCAUUGAAACACCAGCACCAACAGACAAUGGCCAGGUCGGUGUUACGGAAGUACCAGUCCCAACUAGUGCAAUUCCAGUACAAUCAGAAACAUUGGUUCCAACUAGGGAAAUUCUAGAACAACAAGCACCGGUUCCAGCUAGUGCUAUUCCGGAACAACAAGCACCGGUUCCAACUAGUGAUAUUGCACAAGGUCAAUUGAGCAAUGGAACAGGCCAUGUGGUAGGACAGGCUCCAUUGACCUUCCCUGGGAGCGCCCAAGAGGAACCCCAAUCCCAAGCAAUUCCUCCUCCACCAUCCAACACUGAAUCUGAAAGUGCAACAUACCAAAAUGGUCAAUCUAACUUCCAUGCACACUACAAUUAG